CUGUGCUUCCAAGAACCUCAGCAGGUAAAAUUAGCACGCAAACAUGAUCACUGAGAAAUUAUAUUCUCUGGAGCUUUGUUGUAAACAGCUAAAACCUGAAGGCAGAAUUUUUGUACAUGGCCGAAACGAAGAGUGGCUUUAGUAGCGUAUGCAAAGAAUGGGCGAAAAUGAUCAGCUCAGAAUGUCGUCUGAGGAGGAAGACCAGCCAGAGACCCUCACCGGCUCCCCGUGGUCUUGGAUACCAUUGAUGAAAGAUCCUGGUUGGAUUCGAAAUGUCUGGACUCGCAACCUAAACGUCCAAACCAUGAAUUACGUUGGACAGUUAGCAGGGCAAGUAUUUGUGACUGUGAAGGAGCUCUACAAGGGACUGAACCCAGCCACACUGUCUGGAUGUAUAGAUAUAAUUGUAGUACGUCAGCCAGAUGGAAAUCUUCAAUGUUCCCCUUUCCAUGUACGCUUUGGGAAAAUGGGAGUCCUACGUUCUAGGGAGAAAGUGGUUGACAUAGAAAUUAAUGGAGAGGCUGUAGAUUUGCACAUGAAACUAGGAGACAAUGGAGAGGCCUUUUUUGUGCAGGAGAUGGAUAAUGAUCAGGAGGUAAUUCCUUUUCAUCUCUCCACGUCUCCUAUUCUGUCUGAGGGAACUGCUUUAAUGGAAGCUCAGCUGAAGAGGAACUCUAUAGACAGAAUAAGAAACCUGGACACCGGUGCACCCUCACAAGUACCACCUCAAGCCUAUGGAUCUCAGCCUUCUACUGAAACAUCUUCAGGCUGUAGCUCUGUGAAAAAAAGGAGGAAAAAGAGGAGGAAGUCUACCCAUAAAUUAGAUAGCUUAAAAAGAGAAGACAAUGGAGACACGUCAGAAGAUGAGGACAUGUUUCUUAUAGAGAUCAGCUCAGAGGAAGAAAAAGAACCACUGGACAAUUCAAGAGUCCCUGUUCCAGAUGUCUGUGUUGAUGAAGUGUCUAAUACAAAGGCUCCUGCAGCUUCUACAUUUUCUCAGUCUACAUCUUACCCCCAUUCAGAUGGAGAAUGGUCACCUAUUCAAAGUAAACCUAUAGAUUGCACAGGGCAAUCCUCUCUUCUCAGUGUUCCAGCAGACGGAGGCCUAUCUAACUCUUGUCCUCAACAGUCUUCUCACUUUCCUCCUCCAGACAGCCCCUCAGAUUCACGCCCUCCUACUCCCCAAAGUGACUCAGAAUUAGUCAGUAAGCCUGCGGACAGAAGUGGACUGAAGAAUAAUCCCCACAUGCACUGGGCCUGGGGAGAACUACCUCAGGCUGCAAAGGCCAGUUCUGUGCUCAAAGCAAAGGAACCCAGUGUGGUGGAUGUAAAUCCUUCAGAAAGCACUCACUUUCGGGUCAUCCAAAGUUCUCCUGUAGAGGAGUUUAACACUGUGUCUCCUCUACCUGCCAUUGGAGAAGCAGGUGCAACAACUGGGGAUGACAGUGAGCCCUUACCAGCUGAGACAAAUAAGCCAGAGAUAGAGUCUCCAGGAGCAGCUGUACCAUCACUGCCUGCCAGUGAAGAAAUAAAACAAGCUACAGCUUGCUCGGCCCAAUCAGCUGGCAAGACAGAUUCCCCUUCCAGAAAGAAAGACAAACGAAGCCGUCAUCUUGGUGCUGAUGGUGUCUAUUUAGAUGACCUCCCUGACAUGGAACCAGAAGUUGCUGCACUUUAUUUCCCCAAGAAUGGGGAUACUGCCCAAAGCAAGAACACGAACGACAUGGGGCCGCGGUCCGCCAGUCAAUCUCCGCAGUCUGUCGGGAGCUCAGGUGUUGACAGUGGAGUUGAAAGCACCUCGGAUGGAAUUCGAGAUUUGCCCUCCAUUGCCAUUUCUCUCUGUGGAGGCCUUACUGACAACAAAGAGAUAACCAAAGAAGAGUUCUUAGAACAUGCAGUAACAUAUCAGCAGUUUGUGGACAAUCCUGGUAUCAUUGAUGACCCUAACCUCGUGGUUAAGAUUGGAAAUAAGUACUACAACUGGACGACAGCUGGUCCCCUUCUGCUGGCAAUGCAGGCAUUCCAGAAACCUUUGCCAAAGUAUUCAUGCUUAAGUUACUUCAGAGCAGCUCUGGAUACCAUUAGAUUUUGCUUUAGUAGAAUUUAUGGUCCACAGACAGCCACUGUGGAAUCUAUAAUGAGGGACAAGAUGCCCAAAAAAGGUGGAAGGUGGUGGUUUUCAUGGCGAGGGAGGAACAGCACUAUUAAAGAGGAAACAAAGCCCGAGCAAGGUAUGAGCGAGAGCAGACUUACAGGAGCAGGCUCUUCACAAAUGAGCAUGGCAAACAGAAUAAAAGAUGAAUCUUCUUCAAGCGAUGAAGACCCUAGAGCUGCCAAACAAAACCUCGGGUCAUUACAAACCAACUCAAGUCAUCUCUCAUUAUUGUCUGGAAUCAGUUACAAAAAAACACUUCGACUCACUUCUGACCAGCUUAAAAGCUUAAAGCUCAAGAAUGGCCCCAACGAUGUGACCUUUAGUGUUACAACACAGUAUCAGGGCACUUGCCGCUGUGAAGGCACCAUUUACCUGUGGAACUGGGAUGAAAAAGUUAUUAUUUCUGACAUCGAUGGAACAAUCACACGGUCAGAUACUUUAGGUCAUAUUUUGCCAACUCUUGGGAAAGACUGGACACACCAAGGGAUUGCAAAGCUGUACCAUAAAGUGAGCCAAAACGGGUAUAAAUUUUUGUACUGCUCAGCACGUGCUAUUGGAAUGGCAGACAUGACCAGAGGAUACUUGCAUUGGGUCAACGAGCGAGGGACGGUGCUGCCUCAAGGGCCACUGUUGCUGAGUCCAAGCAGCUUAUUCUCAGCUUUUCACAGGGAGGUGAUAGAAAAGAAGCCAGAAAAAUUUAAAGUUCAAUGUUUGACAGACAUCAAAAAUUUGUUUUAUCCUAACACAGAACCCUUUUAUGCCGCUUUUGGAAACAGACCUGCUGAUGUUUAUUCAUACAAACAGGUGGGAGUUUCUUUAAACAGAAUAUUUACAGUUAACCCCAAAGGAGAACUUAUACAAGAGCAUGCAAAGACAAACAUCUCAUCCUAUGUCAGACUAUGUGAAGUGGUAGACCACAUUUUCCCUUUGUUGAAAAGAAGCCAUUCUUCAGACUUCCCUUGUUCUGAUACCUACAGUCAGUUCACCUACUGGAGAGAACCUCCGCCGCCUUUUGAAACUCAGGACACACAUCCAUCCUCGUCUUAACGGCACCUCCACAUGGUUGGCCUCAGCUCAAAGAAGGUGUUAGCUUGUAUUGAAUGGACAGCACUUGGCUUUGGCUCUUGACAGUUCAGCUGGAAUCUGUGAUGUGACGUUGUAUUCUUUUGCUGUCAGCAAACUUAGAAAUGCUUUCUCAUACUUAGUCACAUUUCCAGAUGACGAGGAGUCUCACUAGGAAUAGAAGUUCUGUUUCUAGCUCCUCAAAUUGUGCCAUACAGUUUCAUUUUUUUAAGGUCAAAUAAAAGUGAAGUUAUGUUGGAGUUGCAGUUUAACAUGCCAUAAGGUUGUAAAGUGGUACCGUAUCUCUUCUGCAUCGCUGAAGUCAUCUUUCAUCUCAUCAGAACCCCCUGCAAGUAAGUAAGGGAGCUGAAGAUGUGCACCUGUCCUGACAACUGGUGACACGGACAGGGGGUUGCAAUCUGUAUGUCAAAAUUCCUUUCUCUGAAGGAGUGAGUGAUAGAUUCUCUUUUCCCUUGUUUGACCAACAACUGUUUAAGAGUUAAUUACUGGUCUAGAUCCUCAGCCAUAGUAAAUCAGUGCAGCUAUCAAAGCCGAUUGAGCUGUGUUGAUUUAUUUCAGCCUGUUGUUUUGACAUGGUAACACUUUUCUGAGGAAAUGAUGUGUAAUUAAAUAGAAAGCAAAGGAAAUAAGGUGGCCAGAUCCUGGCAGUCUUUCUCAAUUUGAGAAAAAUUUCAGGAAUAGCCAUUCGUGAGAGGAAAUGGCCUCAAGUUGCACCAGCGAAGGCUCAGAUUGGAUAUUUGGAAACAUUUAUUCACAGAAUGGGUUGAGAAGCAGUGGAACAGGCUGCUCAGGGAAGUGGUGGAGUCGCUGUCCCUGGAGGGGUUUAAAAGCCAUGUAGAGGCUAAGUUUAGGUUAUGGUUGGACUUAAUGAUCUUAAGGGUCUCUUCCAACCAAAGUGAUUCUAUGAUUCGGAUUAAAGUAAGCGUGCAAGUGGAGGAUACAGGCCACUGCACAUAGUGCCCAUCUUACUGAAGUCAAUGAUUUUCAGUAAAGACUUCUUACCCACCAAAUGUACUGGGUUUCGAGAUUGUUACUGAGCCAGGAACACUAAGGAUUUUGUCAAAAUGGAAUGGUUUUAUUUGAAAUAUUAUUUUGGCUAAAAUGUGAAAAUGUGAACUUUGAUGCUGGUGAAUGAUGCAUCUCAGGUUUUUACCGUACGGAUUUUUUUUGGUUUUGUAUCAUAAUGAAUGGAUGCUUUUAGUGCAAUUUAUUCUCCGAGAUAAUGAAAUCUCCCUUUUAAUAUAUUUUUUUUUUUUUCCUUAUUUGUCCAGACACAAGCUGCAGAUACUGGUUUUGCUACCUGCUUUUGACUGCCUUAUGCCUUAACUGCGCAUGCUAAAAGCAAUACUGCAGAUCAGUUGAUAAUGUUUUCCCAAUGGUCUGCCUUUCCACAAUGCGGUACUUGACUUAAAAUGUAGCCAUCAAGUUGCCACAUGCCAAAUGAUCCUCAAAUGUGCUUGUAGCUAGGAAAGAAACUUUUUUUUUUCCUUUUAAAAUGUAUUUAAAAGUCUAAUUAUUCUCUGAAACACUUGAAAAUGGCAUCAUGGUAUUCCAUGUAUAUUGUAUUUCAAUAUGGCUAUAACAGUGGCUCACGAACUGUGGUCUCUGCCAGCUUAUGAUCUGUGGGGCUGUGGUGCAUGUUUUGCAGCUACUUUGUAGUGUUCUCAGUUAAGAGUUUAAUAAUAGGAAGGCAGAGUGGUCCAGGAGAAAUUUUAAUACAUGAUUGUGGUUCGUUAGCACCCAAAAGUUUGGGAAUGGCUGCUCUGUAUCACAUUUGUUGUGUUUCAACAAAUUCUGGUUUUGCAUGUCAUCAGAGAUCGCAACAUUGGUAGGAUGGUAACUCUAUAGUAGGGGUUUUCUAACUUUUAGUGCUGAAGUCUUUAUCUGGGAUGUCAGGGGCCAAUUUAUGAUUUCCCUGUGCCUUCAGUAGUAAUGAAUACAAGUGCAAUCCUUGCUCCAGCUGCAAUGUUGAGUGGUGAGCCCUCCCGAAGCCUUCCUUUUCACGUGGACAUUGCUGCUUUGGGCAAGCUGCGUGCCUGCUUUGGAGAUACCAGGACUAGUAGACAGACACAAAGGGGAAGAAAGGUACAUUUAACAACCCAGACUCGAAAAAUUAAAGAAAAUGCAGAUAUUUUUUUACUUAUGGAUUGAAGGAAUGUGGUAUGGAUUUUCUGAAAGACAAUCAGUGUGGAUUGUAGGUUGCCAAACUGAGAUGGUUGCAUCUCUAAAUAUAGCCACACUGUAUCUACAUAGUAUAUAUUAGUAUGCGUCAUUAAUGAUGGAAUAAAUGGAUAAACAUACUAACUACAUCCUGUUUUAAUUCAGUUUUGGUAAAGGCCUGUCUCAAUCCAUUUAUUCUUCAAAAUAAAACCAACCCAACCCUUCUCUUCAGUGAGAGGCUGUUGGUUUUGUUGUUUUCAUCCUUCUCAGUGGUUAAAAUCUGAUCCCUGAAAGUUCUUCACAAUUAAAGCCUGUGAUUUGUUUACUUAUAACUUAAUAAAUAGCUAAAUCAGGGUUGUUUGUUGCAAUUAGUAUUUCAAACCAAAUGAUAGUGUGAAUGAGUGGUCAUUUUAAUUCCAUUGUAUUUUUAGCUGUAGUGCAGCACUGGCACAGGUAACCCCGCCAUGCUGUGGAAUCUCUAUCUCGGAGUUUUUCAAGGCAGUAGAACAGUUCAGGCUCACUUGAUCUGGUGUUGGCAACAAUCCGCUUCAAGCGUGAAGUUGGACUAGGUGACCUGCAGGGGUCCCUUCUGACCAACAUUUCUGAGAUUGUGUCAAGUUAAACGCCUGAGUUCUGGCAUCCUGUUAUAGCCCUUUGUGUCUGAAAGUUGAAAUACAGCUGAACAGUGAAAUGAACGUGUUGUUUGUAUAACUAAUGUUUUAUUAAUUUGCUCACGGAAAAGACAGUUAGAGAAAUCAGAGUUUUGACCUGCUACAAACAUCGCUGUACUUUUUCAGAGAGUGUAAGAUGUUUUGAUUUGGUAGCGGAGCAAUUUUAUGCAUAACAUUUAAACUGCGUUGUUAAUUUAUAUAGAAGAAAAAUGAAUGGUUUAACAAAUUUGUACUCUUUCUGUGAAAGAAAAAAGAUUCAGCCUUGCUUGCAGUGUAAUGUUGGUUUCUGUUACAGAAAGAAUAUUUGGCUUACGUAAAAAUGCAGACACAUUAAAUCAUAGUAUAUCUAUUUAUACAAUACACAUAAACUAGAAUAAGCAGCAGUGAGGAGUGACUAAUGUUUAUUUUCUUGAAGCUGCUGACCAUACUGCUCCAGCUGUGUUGUGUGCGGGAAAGACGACCAUACUUGCUGCAUUAGUUAUGUUGAAGAUAAAAUGUUACCGCUGUAAUUUGGAGAGGGAGGAGAGAGAAGGUAUUGAGUAUUUUUUAUUUAUAGAGAAGGAUUAUUAUUUCAAAGCCUGUUUAUAUACAGUAUUGACUCUGUAUAUGUGUGUGCUACUGCAACAAUGAAAAUCAUUUUAACACCUCAUUUUGAUCUGCUGAAUACAACAAAGGUAGAAAUAUAUAUUGUAAUAAAAGCAAAUAUAAUUUU